UACCGUGUUUGCGUGUGUCAGACGAGUGUGGAGACUUCAGCAUGCCGGAGGAGAAGGAGUGUGUGGUGGAACACCUGGUCUGUACCAAACCUCUCCACUCGUGCCCCCUGUCUCCGGUGCUAGGCAUGGACGUUGUGACUGACGUGACCUUGGGACCCACGCUGCUCGUCCUGUCCAGCGAGUAUGAGUUCACGGCCCUGCCCAUUGGCUUGCAGUACAGGAUGGGUCUGUCAGGUGACAUCUGUGGUGUCAGUGUUACCUCGCCGUUGCGACGUCACUCACGAGAGCCGUUCAGUCAACACAUCGCCAACCUCUUGCAGAGGAAGGCCUCAAAUCCACUGCUGAAGUCCAGCAGCAGCGCGGAGCUGAGUCAGCAAGAAUGCUUCCGCCUGCUGAGUCGAACCACACAGGUCCUGAGGGAGGAGUACAUACAGAGGCAGGACCACGCACGCCGGGAGAUUGAUACGAGGAUCGCGGUCCUGGCGGAGCACAAGGAGCACCAGCUGGAGGACGUGCAGCGGCUGAUGGAGAACAGACAGGCCCUCAAGGAACACGCUCACACCGUGGCCGAGAGUGUGGAGGCGGCCAAGGACUACCACCAAAAGCUGCUCAGGAGGUACGCUGAUUAUGUCCUUGGUUGUUUGUGA